UGCAGGGAUGUCUGGCUGGGAGGUAGGCGACUGAAUGGCGGGCAUGGAAGGGAGAAGACCCUACCGCAUCUACGACCCUGGUGGGGGGACGGAGGAGAAUGGAUCCACGGCCUUUGAGCGGCUGGGGGAGGAGAACACCCGGCUGAAGGAGAAGAUGCAGGGGAUCAAGUCUAUUGGAGAGCUGCUGGAGGAGUCUCAGGUGGAGGCAUCCAAGCUGCGGCAGAAGGCGGAGGAUCUUGUGAAGGACAACAAAAUGCUGAUGGCAUCAUCUUCCUUGGAGGACCUGGUGGAAACUGGAGCCAUCGGCCCUGAUCCCAGCUCCACACAGGCCACCCCGGGCAGCACCCAACCGGACAUGGAAACACGGAAAUCUCCUCCAAGCGGAUCCUCCUCGGAGUUCGAGAUCGUCGCUAUCGAAGCGCAGGGGUUUCCGCAGGAGAGUGGGAGAGCGGACUUGGAGCAGCCACUGAACGAGGACACCAACCUGCUGCCCCAGCUGCAGCAACUGGAGAACACGCUGAGCGGCUGCACCAAGGAGGCCAGCAAGGACCAGGUCUUCAUGCGCAUGGGCUACAUGGCCUCCGAGCUCAAGCGCCUGGCCACCAAGGUGCACAAGAACGAGCAGAGAACAUCAUUCCUGCAGACGCUGUGUGAGACACUGCACAGUGAGAACAAAGAGCUGCGAACCAAGCUGGAGCGGGACCUGGAGCAGAGAAACCAGGCGCUGGAGAAACUCAGGUGUGAGAACCAGGAGCUCCGGAGGAUGGUGACGCUGAGCAACCAGGACAGCGGGAAGAGGGAAGCUGCCGAGCAGCAGCAGCAGAGCGGGGCUGCGGUGGAGAAGGCACCGGGCAGAGGAGAGCUGGAGGCCAAGGAGAAGAAGGUGAAGAUCCUGGAGCACCAGCGCAGGGAGCUGCUGGAGGUGAAUAAGCAGUGGGAUCAGCACUUCCGAGCCACGAAGCAGAAGUAUGAGCAGAAGGUCACAGACCUGCACCAGGAGCUGGCGGAAGCCCGCAGGGCACUGACCGAGCUCGAGUCAGAGCGGGAGCAAAAGCAACGGGAUUUUGACCGCAAGCUGCUCCUGGCCAAGUCCCGGAUCGAAACAGAGGAGGCAGAGAAGGAGAGGCUGGCCAUGGAGGUGAGGGACCUGCAGCAGAGGAUGCGGUUCCUGCAGGAGCAGCUGGCUCCGGUCACCAGGCAGCGGGAGUACCAGGAGAAGGAGAUCCAGAGGCUGAACAAGGCGCUAGAGGAGGCCCUGAAUGUCCAAGCUUCCCCACCACCCAUCUUUGCCAGCGCGAUGGAGCCUGCUGGGAAGGUGCCGCAGCAGGAGCUGCUGACCCAGAAUGAGCUCCUCAAGCAGCAGGUGAAAAUUUUCGAGGAGGACUUCCAGCGGGAGCGGAGUGACAGGGAGAGGAUGAAUGAGGAGAAGGAAGAGCUGAAGCAGCAGCUGGAGAAGCUGCAGAAGCAGUUGGUCCUCUCCAGCAACCAGCGGCUCCGAUCCCCGCCAGCGAUGCCGGGCGAGCACACGCCAGGACAAAACUUCCACCAUUUUUCCCCGCCCGAGUACCCCUGGCGCCCACCCUGCGCCAUGGCUCGCAGCCAGAACGCCCAGGCGGUGGCUGGGGUGAAACCGGUCCCCAAGGACUUGGAACAGGCAGGUCCCGGAUUGCCCUAA